AUGAUGUUCCCCGGCCUCCUCGCGCCCCCCGCCGGGUACCCUAGCCUCCUGCGGCCCACGCCCACCUUGACGCUGCCCCAGUCCCUGCAGUCGGCAUUUUCUGGCCACUCCAGCUUCCUGGUGGAGGAUCUGAUUCGCAUCAGCCGACCCCCAGCCUAUCUGCCCCGCAGUGUGCCCACCGGCAGCAUGUCGCCGCCUAGGCAGGGGGCCCCUGCGGGCCUCACCGAAACGGGGGCCUCGGACUUAGGCUCCCCGGGUCCCGGCAGCCGGCAGGGUGGUUCUCCACAGACUGCCGUUUCCCCUGCCAGCGAACCCACGUUUCUGAAGUUUGGGGUGAACGCCAUCCUCUCCUCAGCGCCCAGAACAGAAACAUCCCCCGCCUUGCUCCAGAGCGUCCCUCCCAAGACCUUUGCCUUUCCCUACUUUGAAGGCUCCUUCCAGCCUUUCAUCAGAUCUUCUUAUUUCCCAGCGUCCUCGAGCGUCGUGCCCAUCCCCGGGCCCUUCUCGUGGCCCCUGGCCGCCCGGGGCAAGCCUCGCCGGGGCAUGCUGCGCCGAGCCGUGUUCUCCGACGUGCAGCGCAAGGCGCUGGAGAAGAUGUUCCAGAAGCAGAAGUACAUCAGCAAGCCCGACCGCAAGAAGCUGGCGGCCAAGCUGGGCUUGAAGGACUCGCAGGUGAAAAUCUGGUUCCAGAACCGACGCAUGAAAUGGCGGAACUCCAAGGAGCGCGAACUCCUGUCCAGCGGGGGCUGCCGAGAGCAGACCCUUCCCACCAAGCUCAAUCCGCACCCGGACCUCAGCGACGUGGGCCACAAGGGUGCCGGCGACGACGAGCGGGACGACGAGGGUCGCGGCAGCCCUCGCCACCGCCGGGCCUAUCACGCGCGCCCCGACCCGCCGCCCCUGCGGGACCCGCCGCCCCCGUCGCCCGCGCCCUCCAACAGCCCCGGGAAACCUUCGGACUUCUCCGACUCCGAGGAGGCCGACGACGGCGAGGAGGACGAGGAGAUCACCGUGUCCUAG